AUGGCCAUGUACGCAGGUAAGGCCAAAGACUUACUCAAAAAGUUUCAAUCCAUACGAGUGGAACGAAUUAGUCGGGACAAAAACGGCCAUGCUGAUGCUUUGGCUUGUCUCGGCUCAUCAGUGGAUACCAAAGAUGCCAAAAAAGUUUGGGUUGAGUUCGUGCCAGAGCCAAGCAUUGCAUCUCCAGUCCUCUGCAGCAGCGUAGAGCCGAGCUGGAUGGAUCCAAUACUUGCUUUUCUAAAAUCUGGUACUCUCCCCGAAGACAAAAAGGAAGCCAACAAAGUCAGACACAAGUCAGCUCAGUUUUGGAUCUCACCAUCCGGGAAGCUGUACAGACUCUCCUAUCUUGGCCCUUAUCUUCUAUGUGUGCAUUCAAAUCUGGUCGAGAAUGUUCUCUACGAAAUUCACGAUGGGAUUUGUGGAUGCCACGUUGGCGGAAGGUCGCUGACGCACCAAGCCCUCACUCACGGCCCAUGGCCCUUUGCCCAAUGGGGUCUGGAUAUUGUCGGACCAUUGGCGCGAGGCACUAGGAACAGGCGAUUCUUCAUUACAGCAACCGACUAUUUUACUAAAUGGGUUGAAGUCAAGGCAUUGGCAAAUAUCAAAAAGGCAGAUACGAAGUGGUUUGUUAUGAGAAAUGUGGUGGUGAGGUUUGGCAUCCCGUGGAUACUGAUUGUGGACAAUGGAACACAGUUUGAUGGUAAGAUCUUCAAAAAGUUUUGUGUCGACCUCAGGAUCGAGUAUAGGAACUCUUCUCCAGGGUACCUGCAAAGCAAUGGACAGGCAGAAGUCUCAAACAAAACCAUCAUCAACGGAGUAAAGAAAUGGCUUGAGCAUGCCAAAGGAAAAUGGGUUGAAGAGUUACCCCACGUGCUACGGGCAUACCGAACCACAGCACGGCGAUCAACGGGGGAAACACCUUACUCACUAACUUACGGAAUGGAGGCCGUCAUCCCACUCGAAGUCGGCCUCCCAACCCUUCGGUCUGAAUUGUUUAAGAGCACCAGUAACGAGGAAGCUAUUGCACAAGCACUAGAUAUGGCAGAGGGCCGAAGAUAA